AUGAAGCUCAUCAAUGUUCUUGCCGUUCUCGCCACGGCGUACUGUGCUGUUGCUCAGGUAGGCGCUGGCCAGGACGAAAACACCCACGGAGGCCUCGGACUUGAGCUCUGUAACCGUGUCCAAAACGAGGGCAUGGACUGCAGCACGGACAGGGAGAGUCUCAUCACUGCGCUCGGGACUGGAGGCUUGAUUCUCCUUGACAAGGCUUCUCGGGAGGGUCAAGGACCAGGGACCCCUGACUACGACAAGGGAAUGCGAAUGCAGCAGCUCGCUGGGGACCUGCGAGCACGCGGCUAG